AUGGCGUCUCUCGAAAACGGCCAUGCCAAUGGCUUAAACGGCGAUUCUAUACCAUCUACAAGCUCCCUACCUAACCUACGUUUCUCCGAUAUCCCCGAUGCCAUCGAUAUUCCCGCCUCCAGUUUCGACAGCGAAGUCGAAGUUAGUCUCCUCGACCUCCCCGAAGACCCAACCGAGCUCUGCACCCUCCUGGAAAACGAACGGGCGGCCAAGAAUUUCUGGGUCAUCAUUGCAUUGGCCUACGCCAAGCGAAAGCAGAUCGACCAUGCCAUCGACAUCCUGAACAAGGGUCUGGCCUCCGUCGCCCACGGCGCUACCAAAGAGAAACUAGGCCUUCUGGGCUGGAUCUGCUGGCUGCUCAUGCUGAAGAGUCGUCAGGCUCCUCGUGUCGCGCCAGAGGGAGAGCUUUACUCAGAAGCCAAAACCAAGGACCACUACCUGCAGCUGGCAACUUCCACUCUGAACGAGGCAUCGCGUCUGAACCCUGCGUACCCUCCUCUCUUCCUAGCCCGCGGUGUCUUGUGUCUUCUCCGUGCCUCCUUAUACCCUCCGCGUGCGGUUCGACCCGGUGCCAUCGAUACAUCCGAGCGGGUCGAAGCCCUGCGGCAGGCGUUGAAAUGCUUCGACGAGUCCUCCAAGGCCUUUGGCGGUCGUAACAUUAUGGCUAUCCUAGGCCGUGCCCGCGCACUAUACAUGCUGGGAAGAUACGCAGAGGCUCUUGAAGGCUAUCAAAAGGUCCUGAUGAAGGUACCUAAUCUGACAGACCCUGAUCCUCGUAUCGGUCUGGGAUGCUGUCUUUGGCAGCUGGGUUUCAAGGACCAAGCGAAGGUGGCAUGGGAACGAUCACUGGCUCUGAACCCCGAGUCCAAGGUCGCGAACAUCCUCCUCGCCGUUUACUACCUUUACGACAGCUCCCGCCGCUCUACUACCGACCCCAUGUUCGGCUCCUUGUACAAAAUGGCCAUGACCCAAUACACACAGAAGGCUUUCAAGCUGGAUAAAGAAUAUCCCAUGACCUGCGCCUCAUUCGGAAGUUACUUCCUCCUCCGCAAACAAUACCCGACCGUUGAGACACUCGCCCGCAAGGCGAUCGAAAAGACGGAUGUCAUGCCCAUUGCUAGUGACGGAUGGUAUCUGCUUGGCCGAAAGGCACACUAUGAGGGCGAUGGGGCACGCGCCACGGAGUACUACAACAAAUCCGACCAGGCUCGUGGUGGUGGUGAAAAGGGCUUCUUGCCUGCUAAAUUCGGUGCUGUGCAAAUAUCCGUCUCGAACAAGGACUUUGACGGUGCCAAGUUCCGCCUGGAGAAGAUUGUCCAACAAUCAAAGAACGCUGAGGCUAUGAUUCUGCUCGCGGCGCUGCACGCGGAAGAUGUCUUUGCCUCACUAAAGGCCGGUCUCAAGGAUGAUAAGUCGAAUGAGACGAAACGUGCUAUCCAUUUGCUGGAGUCUGUGCGCUCGAUGUGGAAGGAUGAGAAGCAAAAGCUGACUCCAGAUGAAUCUGUCCUGGUUUAUCUGGCUCGUCUGUACGAGUCCACUUCUCCGGAAAAGUGCAUGCAGUGCCUAGCCCAACUAGAGGAGCUGCAGAUUUCUGGUAUCCCCGAGAGUUCUCGGCCUGAUAUUGACGAUCCGGAGGAUCUGAAGGCUGCCCUCCGCGAGAGUCUUCCUCCGCAGCUGCUUAACAAUAUGGGUUGCUUCCUCUAUCAAAACGAGAAGAUUGCUUUGGCGCGUGGUAUGUUCCAAUCCGCACUCAAUGCUUGCGUACACUCGCAAGAGAGAAAAGAUGGUUCCGACAAUGAUGCCCUCGUCACAACUAUCAGCUACAAUCUUGGCCGCACAUAUGAGGCAGCAGACAUGUGGGACGAAGCUAAGAAGGUCUACGAUGGACUCCUCGAACGACACAGCGACUACACCGAAGCUAGUGCACGUUUGACCUAUAUCGCCCUCCGCCAAAGCCCAACCGAGGAAGGACCCAAGAAGAUGUCCAAGCUCUACGAAGCCGACUCCUCAAAUCUGGAAGUCCGAUCCCUCUUCGGGUGGUAUCUCAGCAAGUCCAAGAAGCGCGUGUCCAACCUGGCCGAGGACUCGGAACAGCGCCAUCACAAGCACACCCUACAAUACUACGACAAGCACGACCGCUACGCUCUAACCGGCAUGGGCAACGUCCACCUCCUCGCUGCCCGCGAUAUGCGCCGCGACACCGAAGCCGACAAAGAAAAGCGCCGCAAGGUCUACCAGCGCGCAGUAGAGUUCUUCGACAAGGCCUUACAGCUUGAUCCCAAGAACGCAUAUGCCGCACAGGGAAUCGCCAUUGCCCUAGUCGACGAUAAGAAGAACUACAGCGCCGCCGUGUCAUUCUUCUCCAAGAUCCGAGACACACUCAAGGAUCCGAGCGUCUACCUAAACCUGGGCCACGUCUAUGCCGAACUGCGCCAAUACUCGCGCUCAAUCGAACACUACGAAGCAGCCCUCGCCAAGGACCGCGCCCGCGACGUGCAAAUCCUAGCCUGUCUAGCCGAGUCUGCCCUGGACUACGCCCUCCGCGCCCGGGAUGUCUCUCCCGACCAACUCCACCUCCAAUUCAACGUAGCCUUUGUGCAAAACCAAAUCGCCUCCCUGGCAUACAGUUUGCAACCCACGCAAAAGACGCUCCAAGAUGUGCAGGAAGCUGCCGACGGAUUGAAGGAAGCAAUUGAGACCUUUGAGAAGAUCUCGAAGGAGAAGAAUCCUCCUUACCCAGCCCAAGCACUCGAGCAACGUGCAAAUAUGGGUCGCACGAUUAGCAAGCAGCUUGACCGCGCGAUGCAGAGCCAGAAGGAGUACGAGGAGAAGAAUGCGGCGAAAUUACAACAAGCGCGCGACGCGCGUGAAGCAGCUCAGGCGAAGCGUGAAGAGGAAUUGCGCAAGGCUCAAGAAAUUGAGAUCGAGCGGAAGAGGAAAAUUGCUGAGGAGCGCGCGCAGAUGGCUGAGGAGACGCAGCGCAGCGCGGCGAGACGGGCGGAGGCUGAUCGUGCGCGUGAAGAGGCGGAGCUUACGGAUGGAUCGCAGGGCGAGAGAGUCAAGAGGAAGAAGAAGACUGCGGCUAAGCGGAAGAAGAAGGGUGGCGAUGACUUUAUUGCUGAUGAUGAAGAGGGUCUUGGUGGUGGUGAGGAUCAGGAUCGCAGUGGUGCGGAGGGUGAGAGUGAGGGUGAAGCUGCGCCUAAGAAACGUCGUCGUCUUGAGCGGAGGUCUGGGGGUAAGGUUGCUGCUUCCAAGGCUUCUAGCAAGUACAAGAGUGAUGAGCGGGUUGUUGACUCGGAUGAUUCGGAUGAGGAGGCUGGUGGUGAGGCUGCGCCGGGUACACCUGGUGAUGAGGAUAAGGAAGAUCUUUUCGGCGAUGAUGAGCAAAUACAGGAGGAUGUUGCGCCUCGUCGUCGGGGUAAAGCGCGUCAUAUUGCUGAUGAUGACGAUGAGGAUGAGGAUGAGGAAGAAGGUCAACAGGCUCCUGCUAAAGCGAUCGAGGACAAUGAUGACGAUGACCUCUUCGGGGAUGAGGAGAAGACUCAGACUCAGGAUACGGAGAUGCAGGACUGA